AUGGGGAAAGUUCAACUUCCGACCAGGGACCAGAUGGCGGCCCCCUUUCGCUCGAAAGAGGCCUUUGUCGACUUCAUCAGGGCUCCCCAAGGCAAUGACGGUCAUGCCCCAAUCGGGGACGAGAGAUGGUCUAACAAAGAUCUUGAGCCAACCCCAGUGGAACAGAGGACUUGGACCUGGUUCAACCUUCCUCUAUACUGGUUCUCGAACCAGUUUUCCCUCGUUGGUUGGAAUACGGGCUCCGCUCUUGUCACAGUCGGUCUGACAUGGCAACAAUCCUUCGUGUCAGCCUGCAUUGGAUCCUUCCUCGCAGCAGUCGUAGUCGUCCUUAUGGCUCGUCCAGGUGCCAAGUAUCACAUCGGAUUCCCUGUGAUUGCACGCUCAGUCAUGGGCAUGUACGGCUCCUACUUCUUCGUCUUCAUCCGAGCGAUCGUAUGCAUCAUCUGGUACGGAAUUCAGUCCUUCUACGCCGGUAACAUCCUCUCGGUCAUGCUCCGUUGCAUCUUCGGCAGUUCCUGGCAAAACUUCACGAACACACUCUCGCCUACCGCAAGUGUCACCUCGAAGCAGCUUCUGGCUUUCUUCAUGGCCUGGCUAAUGGAGUUUCCGUUCAUGUGGGUCCACCCCAGACACAUCCAUUACAUCUUCACUGUGAAGGGGUUCAUCAUGCCAAUCGCCGCCUUUGCCAUCUUCGGAUGGUGCAUGGCCAACGGUGGUGGACUCGGCGCUAUGGACCUUGCUUCCAGCGAAGGCGAGCUUGCCGCCUCAGUGACCCCUCUGGGAUGGAGCAUCAUGGCCGGUAUCAACACCAUCUUCGGUUCUCUCUCGCCCAUGUUGGUCAACCAGCCUGACCUUGCUCGCUACUGCAAGAAGCCUCGGGAUGCUGGCGUGACUCAAGGUGUCAGCGUCUUCGUGUCCUCCAUCAUUGUCUUCUUCCUUGGCAUGGCCUCAACCACUUCCAUGCAGGCAGCAUAUGGUGUUGCCUACUGGAACAUCUGGGAUCUCUUCGAAGCCAUCCUUGACCACCACUUCGGUGCCGGAGCGCGUGCGGGGAUCUUCUUCGUUGCUUUGGCGUUCUACUUCGGUGUCUUCGCCACGAACUUUGGAGCCAACUCAAUUCCGUUCGGAAGUGAUAUGACUGGCCUUUUCCCCAAGUGGCUCACCAUUCGCCGUGGACAGGUGCUUUGCGCCAUUCUUGGUGUCGUCGUACAACCGUGGGAACUGAUGAAAAACGCAACGGCCUUCUUGAGUUUCUUGGGUUCUUACAACAUCUUCAUGGCCCCUCUUUGCGCCGUCAUCAUUGUCGACUACUACAUCGCGCGCAAAGGAAACAUACACAUACCAUCGUGCUAUGAUGGCAAGAAGACGGGUCUCUACUGGUACUGGUCCGGUGUCAACUGGAGUGGAGUGGCAGCCUGGCUACUUGGUACAACUAUGGGUAUUCCUGGCCUUAUUGGCCAGUACGAGCCACAGAUCAUUUCGGCGGCUGCGCAGAACAUGUACCGCAUGGGCUGGUUGCUAACCUUCUUCACCGCGGCGACGGUCUACUUCGUCAUCACCUUCUUCGUCAAACCGCGUGUGUUCCCCGUUGGACGCGAGAGCACGCCCUUCCAACGGGAAUGGCUAGCCAAUGACGGCCGCGAGGGCUUCUUCGACGGAGACAGGGAUGAUGGUGUGAUUUAUGGCGCCUCAACGCCACCAAUGACCGACGGAGGAGAAGAUGUUGAGAUCGGCGAGAAGUCACCAAAGGUCACCUUUUGA